CACAUUCCCCGUCCUCCUAAUGCCUUUAUACUUUUCCGUUCUUCCUUCAUUAAAAGUCAGCACGUCUCCACGGAAGUUGAGACCAACCACAGCACUCUUUCGAAAAUCAUCGGUCUUACAUGGCAAAACCUUCCAGAGGACGAGCGGCAGGUGUGGCAUUCGAAGGCGAAGGCGGCGCUUGACGACCAUAGGCGUAAGUUCCCUCAAUACGCUUUUCGUCCAUUACAUACCAAG